CAGAGGCCUUAAAAAAAACGACCCCCAGAAGGAUAAACGUUUUAGUGGCACUGUUAAGUUGAAGCACAUUCCCAAGCCAAAGAUGAAGGUGUGUGUUUUUGGAGACCAGAUGCACAUAGAUGAAGCAAGUGAAAAUGAUUUACCAUGCAUGUCUGCUGAUGACCUCAAGAAACUGAACAAGGACAAAAAACUUGUUAAAAAGCUUGCUAAGAAAUAUGAUGCUUUUAUUGCAUCUGAUGCCUUGAUUAAGCAGAUUCCUCGGUUGUUGGGUCCUGGCCUUAACAAGGCAGGAAAGUUCCCUACCAUGUGCACUCACUCUGAAAAACUGAGUGAAAAGGUUGAUGAAAUAAAGGCAACAAUUAAGUUCCAAAUGAAAAAGGUGUUGUGCUUGUCAGUUGCCAUUGGUCAUGUGGAUAUGACUGCCGAUGAGCUGGUUCAGAACAUAUACCUUGCAAUGAACUUCCUGGUCUCGCUUCUUAAAAAGCACUGGCAGAAUGUGCGCUCCCUUCAUAUUAAGUCUACGAUGGGCAAAUCCCAGCGUCUGUACUAAGCUAAUAAAAGGAAGCAGAGUAAAA